AUGGCGCCCCCCACAGCAACAGAAACAGCACAAGCCUCCGUCACCCUGCAGAGUCGCCAGUCGACGCAGGAGGCCGGCGUGCAAAAGGCCAAGGUGAAGAUGACCGGCUUCCCCAAGCCGCCCGUCUUCGACGACAAAUACAAGGAGCGCGAGUAUCUCAAGGGCCGGCUGGCGGCGGCUUUUCGCAUCUUUGGGAAGAACGGCUACGAUGAGGGCGUCGCCGGACACAUCACCCUGCGCGACCCCGUCGACCCGACCACCUUCUGGGUGAACCCGUUUGGCGUCGCCUUUUCGCAGAUCAAAGCCUCCGAUCUGAUCCAGGUCAGCCACUCCGGGGAAGUGAUCGAUGGCGGACCCUGCCGGCUGCUCAACGCGGCGGCGUUCAUGAUCCACUCGGCCAUUCACGCGGCACGCCCGGACGUGCUGUGCGCCGCCCACAGCCACAGCAUCCACGGGCGUGCGUUCUGCACGCUGGGCCGGCCGCUGGAUAUCAUCACGCAGGACUCGUGCGCGUUCUACAAUGACCACGUCGUCUACAAGCAGUUCAACGGGAUCGUCCUCGCCGAGGAGGAGGGCAAGAACAUCGCGCAGGCGCUGGGCGAGAAGAAGGCGGCGCUGCUGCAGAACCACGGCCUGCUGACGGUCGGCAAGAGCAUCGAGGAGUGCGUGUUCUGGUUCGUGAGUCUGGAGAAAUGCUGCUACGCGCAGCUGCUGGCGGACGCUGCGGCUGCUGGUCGCGGCGGCCAGACCGUCAAGAUCGACGAAGCGGACGCGGCGUUUACGUACAAGUCGGUGGGCACGCCUGCCGCUGGAUACUUUAGCGCGAAGCCGCUGUUUGAUAUGAUCCACGCCGAGACUAAGGGAGAGUAUCUCAACUAG